AUGCCAGCACUGGGGCUCGAUGGCGACCUUAUCUCGCCGCAAAACUUUCCGCUGCCAAGCUUGGGUCCCCGGCUGAAACAGCUUCGCGUCGAACUCCACGAAGGGAAAGGCUUCGGCCUCAUUCGCGGUCUUGAUGCACAAAAGUACUCGGUCGAGGACCUGACAAUGCUCCAUCUUGGUGUUCAGUCGUACAUUGCCAACCGUCAUGGUCGACAGGACAAAAAGGGCAACAUGCUCGUGCACAUUGUUGCAGACAAUUCGUCCAUGGAAAAGGCUCAUCAUCACCGCCACUCCAAUGCUCCCAUUACGUUUCACAGCGAAGAGGCUGGUGACAUCAUCAGCUGGCUCACACGAAGCACGGCAGCCAAGGGCGGAAGGUGCAUCAUCGCCUCGACUUACACUGUGUACAAUAUUCUGGCAGGCAGUCGCCCAGACUUGAUUCGAACAUUAGCAAGGUCUGACUGGCCGUUUGCUCUGCCCCGGUUCCGGUGCCGCCCAGUCAUAUUUUAUGAUGGGGAGCGACUUAUUACCAACUUUGGCAGGGCGGCGCUGCUUGGGAGUGCAAGCCAUGCUCGUCCGGAACGCCUCCCGCGGCUGACCGACAGCCAGAUGGAGGCUUUGAACGCCAUAGAAAGCAUUUCUCAACACACGCAGCUUGAAAUUCCCACGCAAGCCGGAGACAUGCACUUCGUCAACAACUUGGCCAUUCUUCACCGACGUGAAGGUUUCGUUGACGGAGAGGUUCAAAACGAGCGGCGCCAUCUCGUGCGUAUGAGACUUCGUGACGACGAGAUGGGAUGGCGCAUCCCUGACGAUCUGAAGGAGGAAUGGUCAAGAACAUUUGAUCCUAGACUCACGAAGGUGUGGCAUCUCGAGCCCAUGCCUGAUGGUUUCUUCCCACUCCGAACCUUUCCCAACUAG